UCCGGCGGAUUAUGCGGUAAGUACCUGUUUUAUAUUAGCCAUGGUUAAUGCCAUGGGAAUGCAACUUUAUCGUGAAAUGUAUACAUAUUGCCAACUAAAACUUUCACGCGCCUCUGUAAAAACGCUUUAUUCAUUUUGAAAUAUUUAAAACUGGCUAAGAGGAAAAUUUACAUUUUCAGUUUUUGAUAUUUUAUUGGCAUUAUAAUUAUACUACGGUAAUUAAUUUUAACAUGAAACCAAAACUCAUUCGCUCUAUCUGCGUAUUUUGUGAUAAAUCUGCAUUAAUCUUGUAGAUUUAUUUGGUAAAUAUUUUAGGUUACGUAGAACAAAAUGGUGGAAAUGAAAUACGGCUAUGUGAACUGUUAUAACUCCUAUUUAAUGCAGUAAGCGUAUAUUAGGUUCACAUGUGUUCUGUUAGAAUGCUGUUAUCUAUAUGAAGUCCCACAUUUGUACCACUACAGCGCCAAGGUCGAUUAAUUUAUUCUAAUGUGAACUUAUGUACAGCUUUAAGAUGUAGUUCAGGGCAAUUGUGUAUCUUUAAUUCUUUCUUCAAAUACUUAAAUUUUAGAGAUCCGCAAUAAAAAUUAUUAAUGUCCGUUAAAUGCCCAGUUAAAAAUGCCCAGUUACUAAUAGUCAAGUAUGAAUACCUAAAGUACAAAUUUUGUAACAAACUAACAAAAAUCACCUUUUCGUGUGAGACACACAGUUGGCGUCAGAGUAGUUACAUUACAAAAACACUACUCUGUUCAAGGAGGUAUUUAAAAUAAUGUAAACAAACUAGAUAAACAGGGACAACAUUAUGCCCUGCGACAGAAAAGGACAGAAAAUAAUAGUUGUCACUCAGCCAUAGUAACAAACACUGUUUACAAUCUUUUAAAGGUGAAAUACACCUGUCAGCACCGUAAGCGCCGCCGCGCCGAGUCGGCAAGUGUAAUAGUGUAACCAUAUUUUCCAGCAUUUAUCAGAUAAAUAACUGUUAUUCCUGUUAUUUAUGUGAUUAAUAACUGAUAUUUCUGAUAUUUAUCUGUUAAAAUUCUGUAAAAUAUGGUUACACUAGCAGACUUGGCGCGUACGGCGCUGAUGGGUGUACUUUCACCUUAAAUAUCUACUUAGACAAAGUUUAUGCUAUUUAUUUCUGACAAGUAAUCAUGCGCAUUCCUUCUAACAAGUAAGCGAGAAAUAGAGGCAGGAACGGGAUAGGUAUAGAUCCUCUGAUCAUUCACGUGCAACGUGCGCCCGUGACGUGCGUGAUGGCCAGAUUAGUUAUUGUAUUGUUUUUAGUUGCAAAAUAAAUACCACGUGAAGUGCAUGUUUCUGUGAGUGUCACCGUUAUCUGUAUUUUAGAAAGGUACCUAUUAUUUGUUAUUUUGUUUUAAGGAGCGUGUGUGUACGUAUUAUUUGUUUAUUAGUAUAAAUUCAUUUAUAUGACUGAUUUCAUUGUGGUUUUAGGUCAGUUUUAUGUUAGGCUAUGAAAAUGUGAAUCUAUAUAAGUAAUAAAUACUUGCUAGGUAAUUUGUAAUCAUAUGGAGGUUUAAUAUCACGCAAUAUCGUCUCUGGAUUUUUUUCCAAACGAUCAAAGCGAAUUUUGAAUAAAGCAGCGAUAACACGUACCAAUUCAGAAUACAUUGCUGGUUAUCUUGACUUUAUUGUAAAUAAUUCCAUCCAUAAUAACCAGCAAUGGAAUGCUGAAUCGGGAUGAGUAAUCGCUUCUUCAAAUUCGUACAUGUUGGUAUUUUGGCUUAAGGGUAAUGCUUUGUUGUGUAUAUGUUGAUGUGUGUCUCAUAUUUAAUUUUAAUUAUUAAAAACAGAUACUAUUAUUUUUUUAAUGAUAAUGAAUGUACUAGUAGGUAUUAAUCCAAUUAUUCUCUUUCAGACAAUGCCGUUUAAGAUUGUACAGACUGUGGAAAAAGGACGACCCACAUUAAGUAUUGUACCGUAUGUUUGGGAGGACGAUGGAAAACUAUUCUGGCCUACAGAAAAAGUUAAAAACCGAGCACGACUCGCAAGAGACGAAAACUCUUUUCCAAAUCCAAAUUGGGACAUUUUGGAUUGCGUGGUAAAACGAAGUAAUAUUGCAACGUAUGCCGAAGCGCAAAACGAACUACGCAUCAUGGAAAAUUAUACAGACACGGACAAUGAAACAAGUGAAUCGCGCCCUAGCCCAGCACCUGUAAGACCAGCGGCAAUACCACCAGCAAACCGUUUUGAAAAUAUGGUGCAAAAUUUGAUGCCAAGUGCCAUCAACGCGGGAGCUACAAGCAAUCAGAUCGAAGCUAAUGAUGAAAUGUCAUGUCUAACCUUCUUCGACGGCGAACAGUGUAUUACAAAUCAAAACAUUUUAAUUCAAAAAGUUAAUAACCAAGAAUUAAUACUGCAAAAUCUUGUUGAAAGCGUUCAAAAACUUACUCAAAAAGUGUCUGAGUUGUCUGUACAAUUAGAUGAAUGCAUGUUAAAAUUUGUGGAAAAAAUCGAGCAGCCAGUGUCUGUUACUUUAUUAAACGACGCUAACCAAGUUGAUAAGGAAUCGUUUAUUUUUAAACAAAUAAGUGACAAGCAACAACUAGACAAUCUGGAAAGAAGUUUAAUAAAUAAAACUGAAAGAUCAAAACUACAACAACAGCUGGGAUUUUUGUUUCAACCAUGUGAAGGAAAUGGCUUGACCUUUGCCUAUAAAUUGAUCGACUCAAUGGUUUCACGGGAGUUUCUGUGUGAAUGCUCCUGGUCUGGGGGAAGCCGUGGCAACGUUUCGAAGGUCCCUAUAAAAGACUACAAAAACUUUGUCAAAUUCUUCUGUGAUAUGAUACGUUCAUGGGAUUGUAAAUUUACUAUGGGACAAACUGAAAAGUUUUUUAAGGUCAUUCUGAAAAAUGCUGUUAAAAGGAAGUCAAUGAAAGACUUAAGAUCCUCUUCAAAACGAGUCAGAAAAAUUAAAUCAAAACCAAAAGACCAGGCAAGCACAAGUAAGCAAGAAGUUUCUGCUGAUUUAAAAAUUAAUCAAAAUAAAGAAUCAAAUGAAACAUUAGAGAUGGAAAUAGCAGAAGUGGAGGAUGAAGACGAAGAAAGUUUGCGCUAAUAUUUUUUAUGCGUUUUUUGUCAAUAUGGCAUUCUUUUUUUAUUAUUAUGUCUGGUAUAGUACAUAUAGAAAUUUAAUGACACGGUAGUUCUUUCCUACUAUAACUUUGCGAAUGCUUUUUUUGUAACAUUUCACCGUAAGCCUCGUUACAAAACCGGUCAUGACCAGUACUUGCCUUUAGUUGAUUUUUGUUUCUAC